AUGGGCGGCGGGCGCGGGCGCAUGCGCGCAGGCGGGGCGGCGGCGGCGGGCGGCCGGCGGGCUCAGUCGGAGGAUGGCCGCGGCCGCGGCGGGUGGAGCCCCGGGCCCGACCCCCGGCCCCGCCAGGGCCCCGCCGCCCGCGAGCCGCCCGGGCCGCCGCCGCCGCCGCCGCCGGGACCCCCGGGACCCCCGGGACCCGAGCCGCCCGCCCGCGGGGCCCCCCCGCCGCCGCCGCCGCCGCCCGCGACCCCCGCCGGCCUCCCCGCCACCCGGGCGUCGGCGCCCCAGGGCCUGCUCAGCCCCGCGCCCGGCCCCGGCCUGGGCCUCCCGCUGGACGGGCAGCGCCAGAGAAGGCGAGUGGCCUCCCAGCGCUGCUCGCUCGAGUUCCUGGAAGACGCUGUGGGAUGUGCCUCCGUUCAGAGAACCAAACACAUAUCCGGAUCCCCAAGACACAAAGGCCUGAAGAAGACUCACUUCAUCAAGAACAUGAGGCAGUAUGACACGAGGAACAGCAGGAUCGUGCUCAUCUGCGCCAAGCGGUCCCUGUGUGCAGCCUUCUCGGUCCUGCCCUAUGGAGAAGGCCUGCGGGUCAGUGACCUGAGGGUGGACAGCCAGAAGCAGAGGCACCCGUCCGGCGGCGUCUCUGUGUCCUCUGAGAUGGUCUUUGAGUUGGAAGGCGUCGAGCUGGGAGCAGAUGGGAAGGUGGUGUCUUAUGCCAAGUUCUUGUACCCUACCAAUGCUCUGGUCACACACAAGACGGACAGCCACGGCCUGCCACCCCAGCCCCGGCCCAGCGUCCCCCGGACUCUGCCGGCGUCCAGAUACAAAGCUGCCCCAGCCAAGUCAGCACCAACCGGCGCGGAACUAGGGACUGACGUGGGCGACGCACUGGAGUACAACCCCAACCUCCUGGACGACCCUCAGUGGCCCUGCGGCAAGCACAAGCGGGUCCUCAUCUUCGCAUCUUACAUGACCACGGUGAUAGAGUACGUGAAGCCCUCUGACCUCAAGAAGGACAUGAACGAGACUUUCCGAGAGAAGUUCCCCCACAUCAAACUGACGCUGAGCAAGAUCAGGAGUUUAAAACGGGAGAUGCGGAACCUUUCUGAGGAGUGCAGCCUGGAGCCCGUGACGGUGUCCAUGGCCUACGUGUACUUCGAGAAGCUCGUCCUGCAGGGCAAACUCAACAAGCAGAACCGCAAGCUGUGCGCUGGGGCCUGCGUGCUGCUGGCCGCCAAGAUCAGCAGCGACCUCCGCAGGAGCGAAGUGAAGCAGCUCAUCGACAAGCUAGAAGAAAGGUUUCGAUUCAACAGACGGGAUCUCAUUGGGUUCGAGUUCACGGUGCUGGUGGCCUUGGAACUCGCGCUCUACCUUCCCGAGAGCCAGGUGUUACCUCAUUACAGACGCCUCACGCAGCAGUGCUAGCCGCGGCUGGCCUCCCCGUGCCAGGAGCCACCGGGACAGCCCCGGCGCGGGCACACACACACUGGGGCCCAGGAGGUGUUCUGGGCGCUGCCGUGCACGCCCACCCAGCGGGGGCUCGCCUGCCCUUUGCGACUGAUGCCAUCGUCUUCACACCCUAGUGUCCUUCCAAAGCGCACUGUGCCACCACGUAUUCCCGAGGGCCUGCUUGUGUCAUCACAGGAGCAGGAUGGGAGGUUUUGUGUUCCUCCCCACGUGCCUGCAGGCGGGCUACACCGGCCGCUCACCGUGUAGGGUCAUCCCGGCUCUGCGGCACCCUCCUCCUUCACGUCUUCUGCAGGCAUCGCGGUGGAGAUGGGGUUUCCAGACCCACCGAACACCGAAAUUGCUGAAGUUAACACUGAGUAUUGGUCUUGGCUGUAUUGGGUUUUUGAAUGUGGAGACGCGGCACUGCACCCCCACGGCCUGGCUCCCUCGCAGCCCACAGCGCCCCGGGGCUGCCCACCGCCUCCCCUGCACCCACAGGCGGAGCUCUGGCAUUACGUUAAGGCAACCAGAGCAGACUCCAGUUUGUGUCCUUCUUUACUCUUCCAAGCAUCGUGUCACUGUGAAAUCCUGGUGCCCGAGUGUCGCACACCCCAGCGGGCCUCGGCGCAGACACUGGCCUGCCCCUCGGGGGACCCGCCCCUCACCUGUCACCAGGAAACCCUGUGACACUCUGGACGUUCAGGAUGACUGGAUUGCUUGCUCUUGGCUCUUGAUCUUCCUAAGCAAUAUUGUCACGGAGAAAAACAGUGUAUUUAUUGUUACUUGGGAUUUGGUCCUAUGGGUCUUUUUAAGGGAACAGAAUUGGUUACGUGAGAUCUGUUGAAGCUGUGACCUGAAGCCACAGUCGAUCCUCAAGCAGACGGGAGACAGGCUCUUCCACAGCUCUGCCCCCCACGGCAGCAUCUCCCUAAGGGGGUUCGUGCUCACUUCUUCCAGGCAGGAAGGGGUAGUGGCCGUCACCUGUAUACAGGCCUGUGCCCCACAUGCCCACAAGGCCCGUGGUCUUGGCGUCCUGCACGUCCCGGCCCCGCUUCUCCAGAGCACAGUGAAGGACCAAGGGGGUCUCCCCCUUGGGUGAGCUGCUGUCAAAAAUGACGUUGGCUGGGCCAGUUAGCUGCUUCCCUACCACUGUCCUGCAAACCUGUCAUGGGGGCUACAGCCUCCCACCCCUGUACUUGUGUGCACAUGUGCUUCUGCACAAAGGAGACCCCAGUGCUGCUCACCACGGCCCUCAGGCACCAGCAACUCCGUGCAGCCCGGCCCAGUGUCUGCCCGCAGGCCAGCUGGGAGCCUACAGUAUGGAGGCCGAAGCCCAAGUCCGUAUUCCCACUGUAUUUAUUGUAGAGUACCUCCCUGUCCCCCGCAGGGCGGCUGAGCCCACAUGUACCCUAGGGAGGAGGAUGGAGCUGCGAGGUCGGGCAGCCCCCUCCCGGGUAGGAGCCUGGACCACUGGCGUCUCAAGGAGGUUCUUGGGUUAUGAGCGUGGAGAGGGACCCAGCCCAUGUCCGCGUUGGGAACUCCCACGUGGACCUGGCCCCUGCCCGCCUGUAGCUCCCCACCCCAUGCGACCCUGCGCAUCCUGUGGUCAACGCAGAGCUGCCCGUGUGUUCAGCAGUCCUUCGACAAAGCCAGUAUUGAAGCCAGCCUCAAGCCCCCGUUCUCUACAAGCCUGGGUGCGUGACUGGAGGGCCGGCCGUGGCCCUCGGCACCUGUGCAUUGAAAAGCGUGCUAAGCGGCUAUCUGACCUCAUUGUCAAGUCACGUGUCAUGAUUUGUGUGCAAAUAGUCCUGUAUUUGUGGUUUCAAAUAAAUGUGGUUUUGCAACA